GCCAUUAAUCUCUCAAUAGUUGAUAGCGGCUGCAAAAGUACAAGAAACACCUCGUGGAAUGUGAUGAUAACGAACUCAAUCAGCGACAAGCACUGCGAAGCCAUUAUCCCAUUAAUGGGUAACCCUGAUACCACUUAUGAGGCUUAGAUUCUACUUCGCACCUUGUCUUUCUGUAUCUCAGUAGCGACUCGGACAACGCGGAUAGAAUAUCUCCAAUUCUGAAGCAAUAUCUACAUCAACCCUACCAGUGCCUUGUGGUCAUCAUAAUGAAUACCGUGACUUCUAUUGAUCAUGAUUCGAUGUUCUGGUGAUGAGUUGAUGGGGGGUUUUCCUAGGAUCUUGGUGUGCGUUCAAAGUUCUAUGAUGUUACCAUCCAGAGGGGGAAAGCUCAUCAAUCGCUGAGGCUGUCCUCGAUACGCAAAAUUCGCUGCCGUGUAGAUCGUAUCAUAUCCAGGAUUGGACAAACAGGCUACGCUCGCAUCUACUAGCUGGCAUCUUCGAGUGAUUCCGAUGGGAAACCCUCAGUGUGACCCUAUGUCAGUUGCGAUAAAAGUAGUCCAUUUUGAUCUGCAUGCGACCGUUGUUCAUCCCACUGGCAACAAGCAAGAAAAUAUGUAUUGGGUCCUCAUUUCUGCAUUUCUCGUGCCUCUCCUCAUCUUCCUCAUCUCCAAGUAUCGUACCUUUGAUGUCAUUGUCACGUCCGUGGGGCGUACGCCUAACGUUCAUAGCUAUCUUCCAUGGCCGAUGCUCGUCGUUGAAUUUUUAUGGGAUAUCCCGGCCUUUUUAGAGAGGUGUCGAGUCCGAUAUGGCCCUGUAUACCGUCUUCGCAUUGCAGGACAAGGGGUCGUGAUUGUAUCCCAUGCCGAAACAAUCAAAUAUGUCAUGAAGGAUCCUCACAAGUGCUUUACCAAUAACAUUAACACCACUAUCUUCGAGGGCGUAGGGGGUGUCACGCCUUAUACCAUCAACUCGACACUAAUCAACAACUUGCUGUCCUUCAUGCACAAAGCAUUCUCUAACCGAAACAUCCAUCUCCUCAUUCCAUCAUUCAAUCAGCAACUCUCCGCCAACAUUCAGUCCUUUGCAUGCCGGCAGACAACAGAUCGAGUCUCGCUGGUCACAUUUGUUGGACGAAGCUUGUAUAGCGCUCUCUCAUUGUCCUUCUGCGGUCCCCUCUUCCCCACUGACACAUUUUCGGAAUUCAUGCUUGUCGACUCGAAUACCCUCCAUUUUCUCUUCCCUUUCUGGCCUUCAUCUCAAAAGGCAUACCGAGCGCGUGCAUCUCUGAAGUCCAAACUUGGUGUAUUCAUAGAACGGGUGGGGCCUGAGUUGGCUGAUGAUGGGGAGAGUUCCUACAGCGGAAUAGAGAUAUUAAAGAUCUUGAAGGCCGCAAGCGUCCCGCCGUCAGAUCAGCAGGGCGUCAUCUUAGGUCUUAUGCUCGCCAUGCAUGCGGCAUCAAUUCGUAUGACCGCCUGGUUCAUGGCAUACAUCCUGAGCGAUAGCUCGGCCAUGACCCGUCUGCGAGCGGAAGUUGACCAUGCUAUCGAAACUGAGUUCGGCUCUUUGGAAUCACUUCUCUCUGCGCCAUCUCACCGUCUUGGAAGCCACAUGUUUCCUCUCCUUGAAUCAGCCCUAAAAGAAGUGCUGCGUUUAUCGGUUGCAGCUAUAACUGCUCGAGAAGUGAACAAGGAUACGAUCCUUACUGUUGAUGAGCAUACUUCAUUUGUGAUCCGCCAGGGAGACUACCUCGUUACGAAUGGUUACACGGUCAACUUCGACAAUUCGAUAUUCGAGGAUGCCCGUACAUUCCGCAUUGACCGUUUCCUAAAGACCUCAGCAGAGACUGUAGACCUGCCUGAUCCAGUCUCUUCCUUUGGUGGUGGGGCGCAUAUGUGUAAGGGACAAGACUUUGCCAUGUAUGAGAUGAAAGUUUUUGCAAUCACUUGCCUUAGGCUAUUAGAAAUUGAGGGAGAAACGGCAUCCGGUAGGCCAACAGUCGGCUGUUUGCCUGAAGCAGUUCAUGCCUGGCCAACUCCAGUAUUCUUUCUCAAGGACACAUUUGUCAGGGUGCAGAUGCGAGAUGUGGCAGAUAAUUGACUGGGUUUUAAAUCUUGUUACCAGAAUAUACUUUUUUCCAGAAAGGCCAUAUUUAUAUAUAUCUUUAGCAGAAAGAUAUAUGCACUGUAAGUAGACAGUUUUAACACUUUUCUAUAUUGACUGUCAUAUAUUUGCCAUGAAUAUGAGGCAAGUGCCAUGUUCUUCAGCAAAUCUGCCCAAGUGAUUUUCCACUGCAUUGAUUUUAUUUGUAGAAAUUUGACAAUAGUAAUGAGACUUUGAUAUGUGUCUCUA